UUUAGUCUUGUUAAUUUCCUGAUUUUGCAAUCAUGAAAAAUUUCUAUUUUGUGUCAUUUCGAAGUGUUUAUUGACUACAUUAGAAAGAAUGUCUAGUGAUAAUCAGAUGGGAGGAAGGCCUGCACGGCCAGCUCCACCACCCAGCCUAAGUACCACCACCAGACAUGGCAUGGAUACUGUACCUGGGAUGGAACGCACCCAAAGAUCAUCCAGAGAGCUCCAUCGUCACAUAAAGACAAUCCAUGAUGAAGCCUUUCUGUACAUCGAACAAGCGCUUUAUUGCGAUGAGCGAGGGCAGGGCGAACAGGCCGUUGUUCUGUACAAAAAGGGUCUAGUAUUAGUCAACCAGGCCCUGGACACUCGUAUCCCGGCAGGCUUAAACGGAUCAGGCGUUGAGGACGAUGAUUUAGAAAGUGCCAAAAGAAUCUUACAGAAAAUGAAGCAAAGUCAACAACAGAUUCAUGCGCGAAUUGAAGUUUUAGGAGCGAAUGAUGAUGUUGCGCGGGCCCUUCAAGACCCACCGCCAUCUUAUGAACAGGCAACAUCACCAAACGGAUCUAUGAGUGACAUAGAUCUAACAGAACUAGGUGACGAAUUAUUUCAAGACAAUGAACUCCCGACGCCAGAAGGUGCAACAAAGUUGUUUUCAAUUGAAGAAGGAGUGCAGAUAUUUUACAUAAACCCAGCAGGAAGUGUUACUGCGCCCUCCUAUCCUUCCGAUUUGAAAAUAUUUCGAUUUUACGACAAUGAUGGGGAUAGUGACCUACCACCGGCAUUUCUACAGGUUGGCGAAUGGCGAUAUCCUCUCCUACCUGGUGGGUCACCUGCACUUUAUACAGACAGCGGUGCCUACAUAUUCCCAGAUGUGCUAGCUGACAGACCAGGUUCCACAGUUGGCGUCAUCUUGCCCCCUAAUGUCACCAACGAGGAGAGGCAUCUGUUCCUGCACCUGCUGAGCGCCCUGACGACCAUGUUGGGUGAAGAUGGAGAAGAAGUGCGUGUGUCAACCCCGGAGCAGGACGCAAGCGGAUGCUGGAACAGUGCAGCAUCUCGAUCUUUACGGAAUGAAAUUGGAGCAAACAGGCGAACUAGCGAAAAAAUAUCUGCUGGACUUGUAUCAGCUGCGGAAUGGAUAUCAUGGGGACUGGAGAAAGGUGCAGAGAAAACGGGCGAGCUACUCAAGAAAGGUUCAACAAAACUGAAAGAACAAAUCCAACCGGAGGGAGAACCAUCCAAGAUUGAUCCGCGGGUUCAGGAAGGAAUGAAAUAUGUCAGGAAAGCUAGUCAUACUGCCGUCGAGGUCACAUCAUUUGUAGUGACUAAACUAGGUGAAGCCACUGUGGCUUUAGGACGGAAAGCUGCACCUCAUCUAAAGAAACAAGGUGUCAAGCUGCUCCCCGAAUCGUGGACAAAGACGGACACCGUCGAUGGAAAGUCACGCCUGGAUGACGCACUAGUGGUGGCAUCUGGUGGCCUGCAGAGUUUUGCCACUAUUUUCAUGAGUCUUGAAGUGGCGGCCAGAGCCCUCGCAAGAAGUAUCGCAUCGGAAACUGUCAGAAUUGUCAACCACAAGUAUGGAAAAGAUGCAGGUGGCCUCACUGACCAGGUUCUGUAUUCUGCCGGAAACAUCGCCAUGGCAACACGUAAUGCCAACUGCCUCGGUAUCAAAGCUAUCGCUAAACGUGCUGCAAAAGAUACCGGUCACGCCUUGGUUGAAGAUGGCGCCACUGGAUCAAAUCAAGGACAAUUGCGCCGAGGAAGUGGGCAGAGUGUGACACCGCCUUCGAAGAACAGCCCUGUAGAUAGCCCCACACGUGCCAGGCUCCAAAGCCCAUUAGAGAGCCCGACUAGUGGGGCAUUGCAGAGCCCAGAGAGCCCCACACGACCUUGCUUGGCCAAUGUGGCAAGGGAUUCCAGGCCUAAUCCCACUUCAAGUCCAGGCCACAGAAAGCCUCCAUCUUAGGACUAACAUUUGUCUUGAUUAAGUUCUUCCUCUAUAUCUGUGCUUCUACUUUUGAACUGUCCAUCUCAUCUUGGGGGGUGCUAUAUGUGCUGGACUCGGAGCCCAGAGCUCAAGCAUGGGGCAAAUAGUGCCGCAAGAAAGUGUGUGGUGAGUUCCUUCCAUUGCUUGAAUGACAGUAUAGUCAUAACUUCGGUGCAGUUUCUGUCUUCCGCUACCAAUUCGUACAAAGUUAAAACGAGUAUCUUCGCAUUAAUCUUCUAAUCACGACUCAUCGGUUACCAUUGAAGUCAGGGUCCUCUUUGGCCAUUUCGAACUCUUGCAUUUUCACAGUCUAUCACCACCUGUUGAUCAGACUUCUCAAAUUAUUUAUUUUUCUAAUCUGAACUUUGUCAUGAAUGUUGUGCAAUUAUAUUGUCAAAAGCAUUUUAACAACUUAAUUAGGAUCGAUCUUUGAUUGUCGAUUCUUUACAUAUCAUUAUCUGUAUUGUGUCUUAGAGACAAUUUAUUCUAGAUUUCACAAUCUAAUAUAAAGGGUGUACCUAAAAUUAAGAUGUUGCUAUCUAGUGUCACAUUUGUUGAGAAUGAUGGUUGGAAAUAAUAGUGUUGAAUAAUGAUUCCCAAAUGUCAUAUUUUAGUGUUCGGGAAAAAAGUGACUGAUCGGUACACUUUGAUUGCCCCAAAAACCAUUAACUUUGCCAGCAGAGAUCAUGUUGUGGUUAGGCAAUCUCCAAAGACAAAGUUAAUUUGAACCUCACUUAUGUAGUAUUAUUACGAUUUCUUAAUGUUUUUGUGCCAAAAUCUGACAUUUUCUUGUGAUCCAGUUUCUAUGAAAUAUUCUUCUACAUAACUUUGCAUGCUAUAACGCAUGUUUGUGUCUACUCUGUGAUAUACUGCAUAUUUAUGAUUCUUGGUGUUAAUGUUGACGUAAAAAAAUAGCAAAACACUGUGCUUACUCCUGAAAGCUGCUUCAGGAGGCUUAACUGACCUCUGUCCCUUGAUCAUUUGGGUUUAGGUGAGAUAAACCCCCAGUCUGAUGGUGUGGACGCAGUUUAUUAUCUUGGCGUUAUGGAUGAUUGGGGAUUAUACAGAUAAGGAGAUAUCAAACAAAACCACGUUUUGAUGUAGUAACUUGUAUCCUAAGCAAACGAUCAGGUUCUAUCACUAGAUGAGAUUCUAAUAACGUUACAUGUACUAUGUUACAUUGCAUGUUACGUUAUAUCGACUGAAUUGUGUCAUCAUUUGUCUUGUUGUUUUGUUUGUUUGUCUUAUUGAUCAAUUGGGAUAAUUUGCAACAGUCUUUUGUUUCCAUUUCUGUAGCAGUGAAAGAAGUUUAAAGUUCCAAAUGCAUUUAUCUCUGCUUCUAUAAAUAAAAGAGGUAACUA